AUGCCUGCUGUAUCAUCUCCAGGAAAUUCAACAGCCAAAAUUUGUCUCGUUUGCGGCGAUGAAAAAGCCAGCAAACAUUACGGAACGAUCGCAUGCAACGGCUGCAAAGGAUUUUUCCGAAGAAGCAUUUGGGAGCAACGAGCAUACACUUGUGCCAAUCAUGAUAAAUGCGAGGUUGCUCAACAAUUUCGGAAUCGGUGUCGCGCAUGCCGCCUUCUGAAAUGCUUUCGCGUCGGAAUGGAUGCUCGCGCUGUGCAAUCGGAGCGUGAAAACAAGCCAACCGAUAAUCGCAUAAGGGCUCAAAAGAGCCGCUUGCGUAGUCAAGGCUAUGUGCCGAGGUGUAGUUCAAGAUCGACGCCCGAAUUCGAGAAGCCAACGGUCCUCAAACGCCUCAUUAUGAUUGAGCGCGCCGUCAUGGAGAAACAAGAUGAUCAGACAGAUCUGGCGGCAAUGUUUAGCUGCCAAUGCAAUGUGAAUCUCUCUCUUGCGGAAGCUUUCGCAAAUCCCAAUCGGGUCGCGUCACGAACAAAGCUUCAAUGGGAGUGUUGCGACCGCCUCUCGAACGUGAAGGAUUUGCAAGUGACUUGGUGUCGAACAUUCGUCUGGUACGUCGACUUCCUUCGAUCCCACGAUGAAUUCAACAGUCUACCACACAACGAUCAACUUUCCAUUUGCAAGAACCGAUUCGCACCUGUGUCAUGGCUCACGUAUGCCUACAACGCAUACAUCUAUCAAAUCGAUGGUGUCGCCUUCACCAACGACGCCUGGUAUCCAAAGGAUCCGAAGCUCCGCGAGCUUGUUCCAUCCGAAUGCAAUCAAUACUAUGCUUCGUUGUGUGAUAUAAUGCAUCACGAAGUGAUUAGUAUUAUGAAAAUCUUAUCGAUUGAUGCCGAAGAAUAUUGUUUGAUGCUUCUGUUGGCCGCGUUCAAACCCGACUAUCGAUUGUCCGACGAAGCGAAUCAGCACAUUUCUGGCGUUCGGGCACAUUACAAUCAGAUUCUCUGCGAAUAUGCGACAUCAAAAACUGAAUCUCAGAUGGAGGCAAUGGAGAGAAUUGGACUUCUCAUGCUACUGCUGACGUCGGUUGAAAGACUCACUCGGGAAGAAGAUGCCAAUGUACAAGUUCUGGGCAUCCUUCAAAGUUCUGGCUUGCAUGGUCUACCAUUGGAAAUUCAUUCUUCCCUUAAAGCAUGA